UUGCACCACUGUUUAUAGGUACUGCCACAAACACAGUUUCUAUCUUUUUCUGGUGGUUUUUUGCGUCUUCGCGCCUUUGCGUCUUUGCGUCUUCGCACCUUCGCACCUUCGCUCCUUUGCUUCUUCCUCUGCAAAAUGUGCAAAACGCCGAGGUCGGCGCUACAACCAUCUUGCCUGACCGGCGAGCGCUCGGAGAGCUCGGGGACGACCUAGAGCUCGCGGCAGGUGAUAGUACAAGAAUUAGUGCAAGAUUAGUAUAAUGAAGUUCACCGCGGCGCUCUUCGUGGCGCUCGUGAUGGCCGUGGCGUCGGCCACCAAGCCUCCGCUCCGGUCGCCUCGGUCGGAGGCGGGCCCCCCCCAGCAGCGUCGGCGCUCAGCCGGACAGGCCGCGCUGCCGCAGGUCGGCGGCCCGCCCAGCCCAGCCCCAGCGGCGGCCCUGCCACAGCUGCCCCAGCUGCUCCAGCUGCUCCAGCACCCCCAGCAGCCCCAGCAGCCCCAGCAGCCCCAGCUGCCCCAGCAGCUCCAGCUGCCCCAGCUGCCCCAGCAGCCCCAGCUGCCCCAGCUGCCCCAGCCAUGGUUCCUUGACAUGGACGUGGCACUGGGGCUGGAGCUGGUGGCGGAGGAGGAUGAGGAGCCGGCUCACUGGAGCCAGCCUGUGGGUGGCGACGGUGCACUGCACGGUGUCGUCCAGGCCGCUGCUGCAGCUCAUGACGCUGCCGCUGCCGCCCAUGCGGUGGCUGUCCUGGAAGCGGAUGAGGCCGCUGCGGCCGCCGAGGCCGCUGCUGCAGGCCCGGGCCCAUCUUCGGGCAAUUCGGCCGCUGCUGCUGCUGCCGCUGUCGCUGCCGCUGCCGCUGACGCUGCCGCUGCAGCCCAGGUUCAGACUGAGCAGGCUGCGCAGGCGCUGGCGGAGGCACAAGAGGCGCUGGCGAUUUGGGUUGAUCCUGCUGCACAUGGCCACCCGGGCUUGGAGCAGGACGCAGCCCAGCACGCAGCCCAGCCCGCCGCCACCGGCGCACCUGCCGCCGCUGCCGCUGCCACUACCGCGACCAUCCACUUCUCGGAUGGCACCUUGGCACCGGCAGGGCUGUCAACUAUAGUGCCAGGGGGGACGGUGGAGCAGCUGCCGAAUGUGAUGGCACAGCUCAAGCCCGCAUUUGACUCGCUGGCUGAACUGAGGUCAUGGUGCGAGCAACAGCCCUGGUACGGAAACCAGCCGCUGUUCCCCCGUGUCUUCGAUGCCGCGGCGGCAGCACAGGAUGUGAAUGGCCGCAUCGAUUUCUGCACUUGCGAUGCCCCGGGGAGCACUGGCUUGUACGGCGAGGCACAGCAGCCUGGCGUGCAGCCGCCACCACCACCACCACCACCACCACCACCACCACCACCACCACCACCACAGCAACAGCAGCCUGGCGUGCAGCCUGGCGUGCAGCCUGGCGUGCAGCCUGGCGUACAGCCCGGCACUCCCGGUGCCAUUGCCGGUGUAGUCGCUGUGGACAUUCCCCAACCCGACGGUCGCCGAACAGUCAUCCCACUGUUCGACAACACCCGCCGCCGGUACCUGGUUCUGGGGAGAGAGCCCCUACCAGGCUACAGGCGGGUGGGCGAGGUUCUGUGCUUCGACGCCCUGCCCCUGCUAAGGGCGAUCAUCCUGGGCGUUGACGGACCACAAGCCAUUGGCCAGACGGAGUCGGGGGCGGUCAUCCACUGCACCGUCGGUGUAUUACAUUGGACCACUGUGCGCUUCAUCUGCAACAGGGUCACCUGCUUGGUGAUCUUGCUCAUGGCGCUGGUGAUGGGGAGGUGGACAGCGCACCCCAACCACCCUUUCUUCGGCUGCCGCACGGGGCUGCAUGGCGGCCUGUCCUCAGCCGCGUCUGUUGGUGUGAAUUGCAUGGCCAAGGGCGGCAAGGACGAGAACGGCAAGUCCAUCGCCGCCAAGAACAUGGGUGCGAAGGCAAUGGCCAAGGGCGGCAAGGACGAGAACGGCAAGUCCAUCACCGCCAAGAACAUGGGUGCGAAGGCAAUGGCCAAGGGCGGCAAGGACGAGAACGGCAAGUCCAUCACCGCCAAGAACAUGGGUGUGAAUUGCAUGGCCAAGGGCGGCAAGGACGAGAACGGCAAGUCCAUCACCGCCAAGAACAUGGGUGCGAAGGCGCGUGGGGCACGGGGCCACAUUUCAUGGCAACCGCUAUUCCUACUCGUGGAUGCCUGGUUGGAGGAGAACUGCGGGCAAGGGCAAGGGCGCCGCCCUCCAGGGAUAUGGGAGAAGGUGCUGGCGCACCUGCGGCAACUGCCUGAUGGCGCCCACCUCCCGCCCUCCAUCACCGGCGCCAUUCUGAGGAAUCGCUACAACACCAACAAGUGCAACAAGGAGGAGAAGGAGAAGAAGGAGAAGAAGGAGAAGGAGGAGAAGGAGAAGAAGGAGAAGGAGGAGAAGGAGGAGGAGGAGAAGGAGGAGGAGGAGAAGGAGGAGAAGGAGGAGUGAUGGGUGAUGGUGAUGGUGAUGUGAUGAGAAGGCCCCAUUCUCAUGCCUGAGGACAAGCGAUAGCAAAACAGCACAAUAUUGUGGCUCAUCAGGUUGUCCGCUUCAUGGAAGCGACCUGCACCCAAGAGGGACAUCGUCGUGCCAAUUAUCGGAACUCACCUCCGCAUCCAUAGCGCCUCCACAUAACACAAAAGUCCAUCGAUAUCGCCAGCUGCUAGCAACUGUCGAAGUGGGCCCAUAUCGUAAACCGCGCGCGGUGGCGUCAGUUUCUGACUCUUUACGUGUACACCCCUCGCAUUCCCAGGUAACCUAGAUGAAAUAUUAGCAAUGUGUGAUUUGAGUUGUACUGUGGUGCAGUGCGUGGCUCCAUAAAUAAUCAGCAUCGUGCUCUAGCUCCCAUGCGGCACCCUAAGGCUGGACUGGGGGCCACCAGGUGGGACAACCUUCGGCAGCGUUCGCAAGCUCGCAAUGGGGACAUGCGCACGUAUCACGUGAAUCUAGCCAACCCCGCCGCAGCGCCGCUCCCUUUCCCAUCGACCUGCGUGUCGCCGGCGGGUGGCAUCUUGGGUGGCAUUCCUGUGCUUACAAGGUACUUGUCAGGUGGGCUCUUGCACCUUGCCUGGCUAGAAUCAAUGAUGUUCGUGACUGCGUGUGCGCUCCACUGGUAGUGCUAGUACUUCUUGAGCACCUAAUGGCACCUUGCCACGGUCCCAGCCUCCCAGCCUCCCGCUGACGGCCAUGUACCUCACGCAUGUACCUGCACGGCAGCAUCAUCCUUGUCGGCGAUGCAGUGGUCUCACAAUAGGUGUGAUUUCCUUGAACGUGGUGUAUGGAAGAAAGCUCCUUCGAGCCCACGGGGUGAAGUGCUGUCGCGUUGCAUUCGAAGUGCAUGCUGGUGCCAGGGAUGCCUCAGGGAUGCAGGCGUGCAAGGCAGGGAAGCUUGUAUAAUAUAAGUACUGCAUUUUAUGUAUUGAACAAUAAGCAUGGGCCGUUGAGCCUGAAGCGGCGCGGGGUCCUAGCGGGUUACCCGCCCGCCUCCGGGGGCCUGGGGGGCCGCUGCGCGCGGGGUGACCACGACUCAUACGGCACGCUUGACGUGUGACCUGCACCGACUGCACUUGCAUGCUCAACAGAUCAAACACCGUAAGACGCCAUAACA